AUGGCGGUGGCUGGGGCGGCGUCCCGGGAGCAGCUGGUGGGCUGGUGUACCCAGCAGUUAAGGAAAACUUUCGGCCUGGAUGUCAGCGAGGAGAUCAUGCAGUAUGUUUUGUCAAUUGAGAGUGCUGAAGAGAUACGAGAAUAUGUCACUGACCUCCUUCAGGGAAAUGAGGACAAAAAAGGUCAAUUCAUAGAGGAGCUUAUAACCAAAUGGCAAAAGAAUGAUCAGGAGUUGAGUUCUGAUGCUCUGCAGCAGUCCUUCAAAAAAGAUGAAAUGUUGGAUGGGCAGAGAUCAGGAGACCAGCUAAAGAGGAGUAGGAGGAAAGGCAGAAAUAGACAGGAAGUUCCUGCAUUUGCUGAACCUGACACAACCACGGAGGUCAAAACACCUUUUGAUUUGGCCAAGGCACAGGAGAACAGCAGCUCCUUAAAGAAGAAGACAAAGUUUGUCAGUUUAUACACAAAAGAGGGACAGGACAGGCUUGCAGUCCUGAUUCCUGGUCGCCAUCCUUGUGAUUGCCUGGGCCAGAAGCACAAGCUGAUCAAUAACUGUCUGAUCUGUGGGCGCAUUGUCUGUGAACAAGAAGGUUCUGGCCCCUGCUUUUUCUGUGGCACUCUGGUAUGUACUCGUGAAGAACAGGAUAUUUUACAGCGUGACUCAAACAAAAGCCAGAAAUUGCUGAAGAAGCUAAUGUCAGGGACGGAGAGUUCUGGAAAGGUGGACAUCUCUACCAAGGACCUUCUUCCUCAUCAAGAAUUGCGAAUUAAGUCUGGUCUGGAGAAGGCUAUUAAGCAUAAGGACAAACUGUUAGAAUUUGACAGAACUAGCAUUCGAAGGACGCAAGUCAUUGAUGAUGAGUCAGAUUACUUUGCCAGUGAUUCUAACCAGUGGUUGUCUAAAAUUGAGCGGGAGACCCUGCAAAAACGGGAGGAGGAGCUGAGAGAAUUUCGACAUAUGUCUCGGCUCUCUAAGAAAAUCACCAUUGACUUUGCAGGCAGGAAGAUCGUGGAAGAUGAAAAUCCUCUAGCAGAGUAUCACAGCAAACUAGAUGAGACAAUACAGGCAAUUGCCAAUGGAACCUUGAACCAACCACUCACCAAAUUGGAUAGAUCUUCUGACGAGCCUUUGGGAGUUCUGGUGAAUCCCAACCUGUACCAGUCCCCUCCCCAGUGGAUAGACCAGACAGGUGCAGCCUCACAGAAGAAGGCUUUCCAUUCAGGAGGAUCGGAACUAGAAUUGAACUCCUAUCGGCACCAGUUGCGAAUCCAGGACCAAGAAUUUCAGGAAGGCUUUGAUGGUGGCUGGUGCCUCUCUAUGCAUCAGCCCUGGGCUUCUCUGCUUGUCAGAGGGAUCAAAAGGGUGGAGGGCAGAAGUUGGUACACUCCUCACAGAGGACGUCUUUGGAUAGCAGCCACAGCCAAAAGACCCUCCCCUCAAGAAGUCUCAGAACUCCAGACUACAUAUCGUCUUCUUCGUGGGAAAGAUGUGGAAUUUCCCAACGACUAUCCAUCAGGUUGUCUUCUGGGCUGUGUGGACCUCAUUGACUGCUUGUCCCAGAAGCAGUUUAAGGAACAGUAUCCAGACAUGAGUCAAGAAUCUGAUUCUCCAUUUGUUUUCAUCUGCACAAAUCCCCAGGAAAUGAUUGUGAAGUUUCCUAUUAAAGGAAAUCCAAAAAUCUGGAAACUGGAUUCCAAGAUCCAUCAAGGAGCAAAGAAGGGGUUAAUGAAGCAGAAUAAAGCUGUCUGA